AUGAGGUCCGCACCGCCCGAGAUCGUUGCAACAUGGCCGAAGCCAAACUAUGUCGAUCCUGCCACGCGCGGACCAGGACUGAUGGUCGUCGAACUCACCCUGUUACCAAUCGCCAUGAUCAUCGUUUUCCUGCGACUAUGGGUGCGAAUAGGGUGGUUGAAGAAGAGCUGGUGGGACGACUACCUCAUGGUUGCUGCCAUGAUCUUCUCCAUCGGAACCACAGUCUUGGUCAUCAUGGCGACACAGAUGUACGGCUGGGAUAAGCACGUGUGGGACAUGAAACUCCCCGAGCUAUCGACUGGGCGAAAGGCAUCCAUGGCUGGUCAGACACUAUUCGUCCUUGCUUCGAGCACUGUCAAGAUGUCUAUUCUUGUUUCGUACUUUCGCAUCGCACCAGAGAAGUCGCUCUUUCGGAAACUUGUCUGGGGUACUUUCGCCCUUGUAUUCGCUGCAUUCGUCGUGUUUAUCGUUGCACUGUGGGUGCAAUGCAUUCCGAUCUCCAGUUAUUGGGAGCUGACUGCGGAUCACCGCGACUGCAUCCCUGAGGGUCCACCGCUGAUGGUGCAGAGUACCCUCAACGUGGUCACAGAUUUCAUGAUUUACGCUUUGCCGAUUCCAACCCUUUUCGGUCUCUCUCUACCCUGGAAUCAGCGUAUUGGCCUUGUCAUUCUCUUUUCCGUUGGGGGUGUCAUUGUCGUAGCUGGCAGCUUUCGUGCGUACUGGAUCCACUAUACACUCUUUGAGACAUACGACGCCACUUGGGAGGGUUACAACAUCUGGAUCUGGACCGCCAUCGAGACAAAUGUUGGUGUGAUCUGUGGCUGUAUACCUGCUCUCAAGCCGUUGCUGUUCCGUACUCGCGCACGACAACAAGGCUCCAAAUACGCCAACGGAUCCGACCACAGCAGGAGACGGGAGAAGUUCACACCGAUUGUCGACCAGGUCGAGAUGGACUCGCGCAGACCAGCGGAUCGUAUCGAUAUGGAAUCGCGGCCUGGCACUGCGAUACCGUUGCAGCAUAGCAGUCCUCCAUCCGAGCGACCGAUGAGCGGUGCAACAGACCAAACUCGCUUUGAAAUGGAUAUCGAGCAGCAAAAAGCCUACAUGUACUGA